AACACAACCAAAGUCUGUGCGACAUCUGCUGUCCCAGUUAGACGAGCUCGUCACAUUAUACAUCCUCAAGACAUGGCCAGGACAAAAAGCGGCAAGCGCUCCGCUCUUCAAGACGUUGUAACUCGUGAAUACACCAUCCAUCUGCACAAGCUCGUGCAUGGCCGCUCCUUCAAAAAGCGUGCCCCAUGGGCCGUAAAAUCUGUUGUCGAUUUCGCCCGCAAAUCCAUGGGCACAACCGAUGUUCGGUUGGACCCCAAGCUCAACCAGGCAUUGUGGGCUCGAGGUGUUAAGAGCGUCCCUCACCGGAUAAGAGUAAAGCUUGAGCGCAAGCGUAAUGAUGAUGAGGGCGCAAAGGAGAAACUUUUCACAUAUGCCAGCCAUGUAGUUGUGACCUCGUUCAAGGGCCUCCAAACCGCUGUUGUAGACGCAGAGUAAGGGCUGUCGUCUGAAGGUCCUAUGUAGUUUUUUUCACAUAUUUCAUGCCGCCAUACAUCAUCGCACCCAGCACUAUGCUACUACGUCAAAACUCUCGUGCAUCUUGAUGCUGUCCAUGAAUUUGAGUUCCUCUGAAACAUCGCAAGCUGGUGUUCCUGCCCGCCAGCCA